AUGACGAUGAUGUCAAAUCUUCCAAUGGAUUUGGUAGAGGAGAUUCUCUCACGACUUCCUCUGAAAUCUAUGAGAUCAUUGCGGUCAACAUGCAAAAACUGGAACGCUUUAUUAAAAAGCCAAAGCUUUAUAAAGACACGCACUGAUAAAGAAAAAGCUGCAAGAAAGGAAGGGGAGUCUCAGAAGAUUGUGUUGAUGGAUUACAAUAUUUACCUAAUGAGCAUCGUCUUCAACGGCAUCCACGUUGAUCCAUCUACAGAGCGUAAAGGCAAACUUACUUGCCUUGACGAACAAGUCAAGAUAUCUCAAGUUUUUCACUGCGAGGGUUUAUUGUUAUGCAUCUUGAGAAACGAUUAUAGGCUUGUGGUUUUGAAUCCGUUUUCGGGGGAAACAAAGUGGAUCGAAACAUAUUGUUGUCCAGAAGACGAGAAGUACAAGUACGCUCUCGGAUACGUGAAUAAUACCAAGAACAAUUCUUGUCGUAGCCACAAAAUCUUGAGGUUUAGAGAUAGUGAACACUGUUCAUGGUAUGAUAUCUACGAUUUUGACUCUGAUUUAUGGAGGCAUCUUAGAGUCACUCCACAAUGGGGUACAAUAGUAUCUGGUAGCCAUGGUGUUACUAUCAAUGGAACACUUACUGGUGUAAGAUAG